CGGACUCCCUCUUCCCUGCGCCCUGCGCCGCUGCCCGCCGGAGCAGGGAGAAAGGGCCCGGCGGGGCUGCAACUUGGGAGGCAAGCGGCGGCGGGAGCGAGCAGGCCGGGGAAGGGGAGGCAGCCGCCGGGGAGGCUGCAGGUGCUGCCGGGCCGGCCGGGGGCUCUCGGGGCAUGGGGGCGCCUGCCGCGUGAGCGCCCCGGCCGUGCCCCUCGCCCAUGGCUGAAGCCUGGAGGCUGGAGGAAGACGAGGAGGAGCUCAGCAGGAGGCACAGGAGGGGCAACUUGGGCUCGGUACCAGAUCGCUCUGAAAGACAUAAACCAGACUACCGCUCUUCAGGCUUCUCGGACUGGUUCUGAGCAGCAGAGAGAGAGAAGACGUCCUGAGAUUACAAUAGUUGCUGCAGAACCCCUCAGGCCAUCUUCCUGGUUUUCAGGUGGAAGUCAUAUCACGCCACAGGGAUUAGGAUUCCCACCUACUACCUGCCAAGCCCAGUGGAGGACAAGUGAGCUUGUUCCAGCUGAGCUUCCACCAUCUUAUGAACAAGUGAUAAAAGAAAUCAACCAAGUGCAAGUUCAUACAACAAAUAAUAAUAAUGCUACUGCUGCUUCUAGACCUACCACUACUUCUGCUACACAGACUGACUUUCCAGAGGAAAUAAUCAGCCAUUUGUCAAACAGUAAUGUUAAAAACAACCUGUCUACUAUCUGUGACUCUGAAAGUGCUCCAGCAGUGCAAAGUCCUCUCAAGCCUCCCAGACCUUCCUCAUCUUUCUUGAAUAGUAAUCCUUCAGAAAAUGAGACUCCUCUAAUUGUCCUUGAAGCAUCUGAAGAACAGAAUUGCCAAAAAAAUCCAACUACUGUGAUACGUCCAGUGCCAAAACCAAGAUCUAAAGGCAAUCUCAAACCUAUAGUCAAAGCUAUUCAAGGUGAAGCACAAGACAAUCGGGAAGGAGUGAACAAACCUAGAGCUGAAAGGGAGGUCUCCCCAGAUCAGCAACUGUCUCUCUUGGAUGAUAGCUUGAACAAUCACGUGGUGCUGGACAGCAUGAAUACAGAAAGAAGCCAAAAUAGUAUUGUUUCAAGAAUCAAAGUUUUUGAAUCCCAAACAAAUACUGAUACCUCAGGAUUAUCCAAAAAGCCAGAAAUUGCCCCAAGGUGUUUUCCUCACAGACCUACAGUAGCUGCAAAGAAGCCAGUAGUGGCUCCAAAGCCAGGGGCAAACAGGGUUUCAGGAGAGUGGGAUUCGUGGACUGAAAGGAAACCAAAACCUUUCUCCAGGGAGUUGCACCCUCAGCCUCAAGAAAGUGGGAGCAGUGUCAUAACCAAACCUGAAUUGCCAAAGAAACCAAAGCCCAGCCUUGUAACGAGUACUAGUAAUGAUUUGCUUCAUGCAAGGACUGGGUCAGCUUCAGAGAAUGAUGGACAGAAGAAAUUCCCAGUUCCUGCUCCAAGGCCACUUGUUCCUAAAAAGUCACUUUAUUUAGAAAAUCCUGACUCUUCUUCAGCCUUACUAAAACCAGUUUCUGCUGUUCCCAGAAUCUCUGUACAUACCCAAGCAAAAGCCUUUCAGUCUGUGGGAGAGUUGUCUGCAACCAGUGUCCCAGCACCUACUUUGCAAAGUAAACCAGAUGAGGAAGGAGAUCUGAUUAGUUUUGAUGAUGAUGUUUUGCCUCCUAGUUCAGUUAGUGCAGGUAAAGAAGGUAUCAGUUCUGAAGCAGCUGCAGAUCCCUUUCAGUUGCCCUGCAAAAAUGAGCCUGCAAAGGAACAGACAGUUCAACCAGCCGUAGCCCGGAAGCCUACUGUUAUUCGAAUCCCAGCAAAACCAGGGAAAUCUUUAAAUGAAGUUCUUCACAUUCCUCCACCACUUCCUGCUGAAAAGCCUAUUGGGAAUACUUCUGAGAUUGCAGCCGGGAAACCCAAUAAUGUUGAGCAAACAAAAAAAGUGGAAUCUGAACAUUCAGAUUGUGUAAGAACUUCUCGGACAGCACCAGUGCUGCCCCCCAGGCCUGUAGAUGCAAAAAUCAUACCAGCUCGACCUCCUCCACCUAAAGGUAUUCCUGGAAGGCCACUUCCUCCAAAACUCUCUGGGACAAAGACCUCCUCUUCACAAAAAGACCCCUUUUGCCGAUCCUCAUCUGAUGUGAUACACCCUAAAAAAACAGGAAAAUUUGGAUUGGGAAUUAAGAGGUCAAAGAGUCAAGUCUUAAAAAGUCAAGAUCCAGUAUUACCUCCUCGACCUAAACCUGGACAUCCUCUCUACAAUAAAUAUAUGAAACCGGCUGUGCCUCGUGCAAUUGCCAAGGAGGAUUUCAUUCCCAGAAACCCUGGAGAACUCUCCUCUAAGGGUCCAAACAGUAGUCUGACGGUUUGUGACACGAGUGCUCCUCGUGCCAUAGUGCUGCAUGAUUUCCCUGCAGAGCAUGCUGACGAUUUGGACCUCCAUUCUGGAGAGAGCAUUUCUCUUCUGGAGAAAAUUGAUAAGGAGUGGUACAGAGGGAAAUGUGGGGCUCGCACAGGAAUAUUUCCUGCCAGCUUUGUUAAAGUGAUUGUGGAUGUUCCAGAGGAAGCCAGCAAGAGAAAAAUCUCAUUUUCAUCAGUCUGUAUUAAGGGGCCGAGGUGUAUUGCACGAUUUGAAUAUAUUGGAGAUCAGAAAGAUGAGCUAAGUUUUGUGGAAGGUGAAAUAAUAAUUCUUAAAGAAUAUGUAAAUGAAGAAUGGGCCAAAGGAGAGCUGAAAGGUGCAUCUGGAAUCUUCCCUUUGAACUUUGUGGAAAUUAUUGAAGACCUGCCUGGAUUAGGUACAAGUAUAUCAGCAGUCUGUGUGGGAGCACCAAUGAAGAGGGAGAGUUCUGCUUCUCUUUCUCAGAAUAACAGACUAUCUGGAGAGUGGUGUGAAGCACUUCAUGACUUCACAGCAGAAACUGAUGAGGACCUACCCUUUAAAAAGGGAGAUUGUAUCCGGAUAAUAGAGCGCCUGGAUUCUCAGUGGUACAGAGGGAGACUCAAUGAAAGGGAAGGGAUUUUCCCAGCAGUUUUUGUUCAGAACUGUUCAGGAGGAGUAAAGUCAUCACAGUCUGUAGGACGGAAGAAAGGAAAAGCCAAAGCUUUGUAUGACUUUCAAGGAGAAAAUGAGGAUGAGCUUUCCUUUAAGGCAGGUGAUGUGAUAACAGAGCUGGAAUCUGUAGAUGAAGACUGGAUGAGUGGAGAAAUAAAAGGAAAACGUGGAAUAUUUCCCAAGAAUUUUGUGCAAAUUCUGUAAAAUCAUGAGGCUGGAACCCAGCUUUGCUUCUAUAUGUAGAGGCAGCAGAUGGUCAUCUAGCUAGCACAAAGGCACAUGAUACUUCAGAGUUAACACCACUGAAGUUAUCUGAUUUAAUGCUGCGACUGUCAAAUACUGUUUUGCACUAUCUUUCCAGAAAGAGAAAUAUACAGUGUCACAUUAUACAUCAGAGGUUCCUGAAGGCAAAAGUAUUAGGAAAAACUAACAGUUUACACCAUCAUGACACAGUUUACUUAGUUGUACUUGGCAAAUGCUCCAAAAGAAUGGAUAUAAAGCAGUUUGCCCCAGCUAGGGCAAUAAAAUAUGGUACAGUAACUGGUAGUUGCCUGAAUUGGUAUAAUUUAUCUUGCAUAUAAACUGCAUAAAUUAAUCUUAUUUUAUAAUCUGUAUAAAUUAGGCUUUUUAAAGAUAUGUUCUUGCAGAUUUAACUAUUAUUACAUGUUCAGUAUGUAUAACAAUCUUAAUAUUAAGAUUUCACUGACAGCUUGAGUUUAUAUCCUCUGAAGCAGCAGCAGUGGAAACCACUUGUUUUUACAAUUGAGAGGGAAGAAAAGAUACUAUUUAUUAUCCCAUAGCAAAGAAGUAUCAAAGACUUAUUUAUCCUAUAUGCUGUCUGUAGAGAGGUUGCCUUUCUAUGUAUAGGAUGUUCUGUUCUUAAACCCAACCCCUAAAUAAGCAGGAGCAGUGAGAGAUCAAGAAAUUUUCAAUUAUUAGUUCCUUUCUUCUUGAAACUAGGGACUUAAACAUUGUUUUGAUUUUUGGAGGGGGGGGCGUUAAUAAAACUAGUGCGAGUCUCUCAUUUUAUUCACAGAAAGUUUGAGAGAUUGUUCUUUCUUACUUACUGAGUUCUUUCAUGUAUUGUUCACUUUGUCCAAUUUAUACUCCAUUUUCAGCUUCUCAAGUAGAAAUACAAACAUGAUGCCAACUAUAUUUCAGCUGAACAUUCAAACUCUGCACUGCUUGAAAUUGGCAAAUAAAUCCACCCUUUCCUACUGAACCACCAAAACAGAUCUGAGCUAAAUUGCAAGAAAGCUGAAAAACAUCAAGCUGCCAUUCUUCUUUUCUUACUUGUACAUGCUUCAUUUCAAUAGGAGUACUACACAGCCCUUUAAUUGAGGGAGAAUAACUUAUUGAUAUAACCACUACAAAUCAUCUAAGUAAGGUAUAAGGUAUAGUAUAUUGUACAUCUCCAUCAUAAAUGAUCGGUCAAGACUUACAGAAAGUAGAAGAUACCAAGAGAAAUUAACCCAACAGGUUGAAGAAAGAUAACUUACUAACAGGAAGAGAGCUAAUUGUAGCAGUCGAAUUACAUUAACUAAAAUCAGGCAAGAUUAUACAUAGGUACAGGCAACUUUUCAAAGAACCUUCUAGAGAUGUAAACUCUUUCCAGAACAUUUCACUUUGGUUAGUUCUGGGUUAAUAUAAAACAAGUCUUCAAGCAAAUUGUUUUACAUGCUUCCUGUUUUGAACUGUUGUUUACUGUAAGAAAAAAAAUCAUUUAAUCUUAAUUAUGCUGCAGUCUAAUCUGUACCAUGUUCAGUGGCACCCUGGUUCCACAAGAGGAAUUAUCCCUCCUUUGUACAAUAUAAAGAACAAGGAAACAAGGCAAAUUGAGUUAGCCCAUCAAGGCAUACAAAUUAAUAGGUCACACCUCUAAUUAGGUUACAAAUAAAGAAAAUAAUCUUUUCAGUAUGUUUUGAAGUCUGAAUUAUCACCCUGGUGACACGCUUACUUCUCAUCUCAGGUUGCUUUGGCAUAGCCAUAAAGGAAUGCUGAGAUACUAUAACAAUGGACAUGAUCUGCAAAUCACAGUUCAGUCUAAUAGAAUGAAGCACUGAAAAUACUUGCCUGUAAGAUCUUUAGGUGUUUUGUGAAAAAAGAACUAUAUAACACUGACCAGCAUUGUCCAUCGUAUAAAUUCAAGAAGUUGAAUUCACAGUGGAUCAGUAGAUGAGCAGAGAAUUGAGUCUAGAUCUUUUGUCUUUGGCCUCUGCUUAUAUAUAGAUUAUGUUAAAAUGAAACAGACGUUUAACAACCCAAGAAGGUUAGUCGUAAGUCAUCUCAAAGAGAGACAGAAGUUAACAACACUCAUAAGUUGAGGAACCAGUACACCAACUCAGAACUCUUUAUUGUAUUAAUUGCAUAUGUAACUGCCAUCUUUAUGUACACUUACUUAGAUGUAAAAAUCACCAUUUUCAUGCCCAGUUGUGGUUAUUUGUACCUAAGCCUUGAACGGGGUGUCUUAAGUUAAAUUUGCCAAGACACAUCGUGGAGUGAAUCAGGCAGUCCCCUUGAAUGGAGAGAACAUGGUUUUAAAUCUGACAGCACAGAAUUAAAAUGUAAUUCCUUUUAAAAAUUAGUGACCAUUAUAUUCAAGCGGAACACAUUCUUUCCUUAAAGGGUCAUCUUGUCUUCUUGUGGGGUGGGGGGGAAGCAAUGACAAAAAGUUGUCUUCGUUAUAGUGCAGCUCCUGAAUCAAAGAUUUAAACAAAAUGAAUACCUUUCACUGUGGCUUUUUGUGCCAACUGCAAUUAAGAAGCCUCCUAUAAGUGACAAAUUAUAGAAAUUAACUUGGUACAAAGAUACAAUUUAAUUCUUCCAAAACGGUGGCUGAAUCAUUGUGGAGGCAGAUGGAUUUCAAGUGUGCAAUGUUUACUUAUUUAUUGACUGCCACUUUUCUAAAGUUUUGAUACAAAGAUUUUAAGCAAAUGUUGACUUUAUAAUUACACAUAAAAGGAGGACAGGUGAGGUGUUUUUCCUAUUUUGGCUUUGUUGUUAAUAAUUAAUAGGUUUUUUCCUACCAUUUUCUAAUUAGAUUUAAGUAUAACAUCUCUUACAUGUCUUAUGUACAUCUAGGCAAGGCUGAUAGUUUAUUUUGUAACUUUGAAUAGAAAAUGUGGAAAUUUAUAGCAAGCUUCAUAUAACACCUUGAAUAUCUAAGUUGUGAAAAGAUGGUAAAAAUUGCUGGAAGCUGCAAAUUCAGAACAACAGCACCAUCUAAGGGCUCUUUACAUUAUUGUAGGUUUGUAGAUUGGUCUUAAAACUUGAAGAAAUUCCUUUAUCUUUGCUGUUUAAAUUAAAUUAAUAUAUACUGAUCUGUUUUGCAAAAAACAUUCUGUGUUAACCUCUGUGACCACAGAACUUUGUACAGAGAAUAAUCUGAAAUGCCUAUUGAAUGCAAGAUAUGAUUCAGUGGAAUAGACGAGGAAGUUCCUGAACAAAUCCCAAAUACAUUAAGAGGUUAUACUGUCUUGAAAGUGAAAUAGGGACUGAGUCCUUAAAUAUACUACAGUGGUUUUCAUAAUCUCUAGGUUUUUAGCAUUUUUGUUAAACUGCCAACUUUGAAAAUGAAUAUCUUCAUAAACAGAAGAGCUUUUUCCAUCAAAUUUUAUAUACAAUGAGUAGAGUACAAAAUAAGCCUUUUUAAAUUCUCUAAAUCCAUGAAAUGUCUUCAGCAUUAUGGUACCAGUAUGAAUUUGUAUUUAAACCAAUAAAUGUUUAUAUUUAUGUCUGGGUUGCAAUUGCUUGUGUUUACAUUUAUAACAUAGCAAUUAUGAUUAAAUGAGAGGAUUGGUUAAACAUCCUUAAAUACACAGAACCAAAUUAAUUUAAGUUUGUAAUAAAAACUAUUGUUUUGUCCAAUUCUAGACCUCAUCUACACCCAUUUUUUAUCAGCAUCAUUUCAGUUAGCGAGAUUUUCCUCUUUACAGAAACCAAGAUGCCACUAUAAAGAUGCCUUAUAGCAGGACCGAAGGAAAUUACAUUACUAACAGUUGUUUUAUAUUACUAUAAUUGCAGCCACUGCAGGGGGCUACAUGCUAAUACAGUUAAUGAAGUAUGCACAUGGAACUGUGCUUAGUGUCUGUACAACACAUGGGCUGAAAAAGAGACAGAGUACAAAUAUGACUAAAAACUAGUCAUCCUAGCUUUCUUGUUCUUGAUGGAUUAAUGCACAUUUAAUUACCUCAAACCCUUUCAAACAAGGAGGAAUGGGAGUAGUGCACCUGAAAACACCCUGCUGAUGGUUAUGGCACUCUCCUGAGAAGCGGGUUUAGAUCUUACAUGAAGAGUGAAUGUAACAUGGUCUUCAGUCUGAAGGACUGCUGCAGAUGCUGAACUGUUGGCCAAAAUGGUGAUAACAUCUUACUCCUGUUUUGAAACUGACACCUAGGAGAUUCUUAGCUACAAAGACUCAGUAGAGAAGCACCUCUGUGCAGCUCCGACCAAGGUGACUGACUCCUAGAAAAGGGCAGGAUUGACAACCCUGCCCUCUGUUUAUGAUGAGCUGCCAUUUGUAGCCUCUCAGCAGGCUGGUUUAUGGAUCUCUCAGGUGCCUAAUGCAGAUCUCAAAAGGGUUGUGAGCACUUGUGACCUUAACAAUUAAGCUUGAGUUGAAUCAAUCCAGGAACUGCUGCAAUUACCUACCUGCUCAGACUGCUGGUUGCCCCUGGUUUACACAAUACAUGAAGCAAGUAUUACAAUGCUAUGAGUGUCCACUGGCAGGAAGCAGGAGCCAGUUGUCUCCAUCUAGUGUUUAUAGUUUAGACUCACCUGCCCUCCUUUCAAACCAUUUGAAAAUGCAUCUACAAAUCAACCAGCAGAAUUCACUCAAAUCAUUUAUGCCCCUUGAGUGGUUUCUCAAUGGAAGCUUUCUGCGUGUAGGAGAGCGCCAAACAAUAUGGUUGAGCAAAGAUAAGUUGGUUAUUUCCUUUCAGGCCUGUUUUGCUCCAUUCCCAUUUUAAAACAUAUGGUCUACACGUGCCUUCAGGUAGUAAUUUGAUAUUAGGACAAUCUCAACAGGGAUCUCAGUUAAAACAAACACCCAAGAUUUAUUUUGCAGGGUAUAGUUGGUAUAGUAAUUUGAUCCUCUUUUUGUAUGUUUAAAUUAUGAUAGAAAUUGUAUACUCUAGCAGUCCAGAGCCAGCAAACCCUCUUCCAAAAUAAAGAGUAACUGGGGAAUUAGGUAUUAAGCAACACUAGCUCCAACUGCUGGGCUAAGAAAAAUGUUUCCCUUCCUGAUUGUGUUUGAAAGACAGAAGCAUGAACUCUGAGCUGUUCAAAGAUUUGCAAACACCUCUUCAUGAGGAGAGCUGGGGAAUCUGAUUGGGCAAUUGACCUGUAGAUCUCAUGAGAUGUUAAUUUGGCCUGAUGGUUGUCUAGAUUUUGAUAAGGUAAAAAACAAGGGACAAAAAUGCUUUUGCCUCCCCUACUUUUUCACCUGUAACACACAGCAGGGCAACUUUGUUUUUUACUGUGGACUGUGGUGUGAAAGGUAUUGAAAUUGCAGGUAUCCUCAUUGCAAGCCAUUAGGACUUUUUGGGUAAAUGAUUCCAGGGGACUGGACUUAAAGGGUCCUAGAUGUGCCUUUCAGGCCUAUGCUGCAAAAAUCCUGUUAGGCAUACCUGAAAACAAUGAUAACACCCCAACUGAUAGA